UAGCUGCGUUUUGCUUGCAUCUCCUCUCCUCUCCUCUCUAAUCUGUUAAUCUGUAUCCAGUAUUUCACUUCUAAAUUUCUGAUUUCUGUGGAGAGAUAUCAAGGGAGGAGGACGAUUGUCGAUUGCCUGCCCUUUGGCUUCGAAAUUCAAACCUCAACUACGUUUUCCCCCACUUUCCCUUUGGCUUUGUCGAUUUAUCGCCCCUUUAGUUUUGGAUACAAUUGUCGAUUGCUGUUUUCCUGCAAUCGACAAAUCCACAAUCCGCUGCAGCUUUAGCUAUGGAUGAAUCAAUCUUAUCUGAUGAUCAAGUAGAAAAUCUUAUCAAAUUUUGUCCUACUAAACAAGAAAUGGAGCUUCUCAUGAAUUAUAGAGGCGACAGGGAGAUGCUGCACAAAUGUGAACAGUUCUUCAUGGAGCUCAUAAAGGUGCCACGUGUCGGAUCAAAAUUACGAGGUUGUCUGUCCAAAAUUCAAUUUGACAUCCAGCUGUCUGAGGUUAAGAACAGUUUAAACACUGUAAAUUUUGCAUGUCAUAAAUUUGGGGAUACAUUAAAUCAAGGAACUACAAAAUUUUCUGCAGUUGGUUUCAAGUUAGAAAGUCUUUUGAAACCACCACCACCACCACCACCUCAACCUCCAGGGCCACCAUCUCCACCACUUUAUGCUGCAUGCAAACCUCCACCCCCACCUCUUCCUCUGCCACCACCAACCCAUAGACCACCACCCCCACCCCCUCCACUUCCUUCUUCGAAGCCGUCUCUACCUCCCCCACGUCCGUUCCUAGGACCACCACCUCCUCCACAACCACAAAAUCCGAUGUGGGCACGACGGCGUCCACCACUUCCACGUAGAGGCCGUGCACCUGUACCACCACCAUCACCAUCACCACCACCACCACCACCACCACUUCCACCACCACGAGCAUCUACACACCCUCCUGAAAUGUCUGCAGCACCUCAAAGAUCUAUGUUAAUGCCACUCCAUUGGAUCAAGCUAUUCAGGGCUUCACAAGGUUCUUUGUGGGAAGAAUUGCAAACACCUGGAGACCUCCAAAGGAGUGCAGUAGAAAUUGAUAUGUCAGAACUCGAGGCAAUGUUCUCUCUCUCACCCAUAAACCCUAAGAAAGAUACUUUUAAAGCUGAAAAACUCCACUUGCUACAAGCUGCAGCUUUAGCUAUGGAUAAAUCAAUCUUUGAUGCUGAUCAAAUACAGAAUCUUAUCAAAUUUUGCCCUACUAAACAAGAAAUGGAGCUUCUCAAGAAUUAUACAGGUGACAAGGAUCUGCUGGAAAAAUGUAAUCAGUUCUUGCUAAAGCUCAUGAAGGUGCCACAUGUCGGAUCAAAAUUACGAGUUUUUCGAUUAAAAAUUCAAUUUGACACCCAGCUUUCUGAGUUUAAGAAGAGUUUAAACACUGUAAAUUCUGCAUGUAAUGAGAUCAAGACUUGUGUAAAAUUGAAGGAGAUCAUGAAAAGAAAUAUGUAUUUAGGGAAUACAUUAAAUCAAGAAACUGCAAAAGGUGAUGCAGUUGGUUUUAAGUUAGACAGUCUUUUAAAACUCUCAGAUACAAUCUCUUCAAACAACAAAAUCACUUUAAUGCAUUACAUCUGCAAGGUUCUUGCCUCCAAAGCACCUUCCCUUAUAGAUUUCCAUUUGGAUCUUGUUAGUCUUGAGUCUGCAAAUAAGAUACAAUUUAAGUCAUUAACAGAAGAAAUGAAUGCCAUUUGUAAGGGACUGGAAAGGUUUAAGAAGGAAACAUCUGCAUCUGCAAAUGAUGUCCCUGUCUUUGAAGUUUUUCAUAAGAAAGUGAAUGAGAUCAUCAGCUUUGCUGAAUCAGAAGUGGCAUCUGUAACAAAUUUGUACUAUGAUGUGGGUGGAAAUGCUAAUGAAAUGGCUUUAUAUAUUAGUGAAGCAUUUGGUGAAGACACUGCUUGUUCUUUUGAACAUGUUAUAGAGAGCCUUGUGAAGUUUGUGAGGGUGUUUAGAAAAGCUCAUGAAGAAAACUGUAAACAGGCUGAACUAGAAAAGAUAAAAGCUCAAAAAGAGAUUGAAAUGGAGAAGGCAAUGGGUUUUAACUUAACAUAAAAAUCUUCUCUUUUUGGUUCUCCAUAGUCACAAAGUCAAAGGGUGUUGACCGAAUAACCACCUGAAAAGGGUA